AUGCAUAUUGUGUUGCCAAUGAGACCCAAUGGGUUUGCCAAGCCUUGUUUCCCUCAACAAUCCCUGUGUCUGUGGUGGUCCAACGUGACGUUGUGUUGCGCCCGGCGCUGUUGUUUCAAUUUCUUGAAUACAUCUCUUGUCUUCUCUUUUCUUUCUCUCUUUCCUAUUUUGUAUUUUGAGGCAGCUAUACAAAGAAACACAUUUGUGAGUAAGGUUUCAAAGAAGAUCCACAUGCGCCGUCUGUUGUUCGCUGCGUUGCUCUUGCUGUGUUGUGCCUACGGGUGCAUUGCAAAAACUGAGUACAGGACGCCAUAUCCGCCCGAUCCGGACCUGGAGGUAUUUCCAGAAACAGAGGAAUCCCGUACUUGGGGCAUGAAGGUUGUCAACGUUGUCCCAAGAGAAGAGGUCAAAGAGGGGCAAUGGCAGAGCAUCCGUAUCGCUGUGAACCCGGGAAUGAUUCAGGAUGAAAUCAUGUACUGUAUGUCCAAGGGGCGUGAGAUCGAUGGAUACACCCGCAGGAUACGCAAUGGAUUCGACGAGCGGGUAUGUAGUGCGGUAAGUGGGUACGCCGGCGUUCAAAGGAUGAGAACUUUGAUGUUGAGGGUGAUGCCCAGGGCCAUCGCAUUGCAUGUUGAACGUCUUAAGGUCAAGCGUGUGAAGGAAGCCCUGAGGAUUAAUGUGCCAACCAGUCUGCACCCCAUAUCUGAUGCUGAGGGUACAAUGUGCGUCGAAAUGGUUCCCGUUUUUGACGGCGAUCAGGGGAUG